AUGCAACGCACACGCCGCAGUCUCAUUUUGAGCUCCCCGUGUCGAUACUGCCGGGUCACUUUUCGCUGCCACGAGGCUAAACAUGCGGGAGAAUGCUCUGCUAUUGUGCUAGCUCGUUUCUUGGCCACAUUGCUCAUGCCAGGCUCCAACCAUGGAUCUCGAGUGCCUGUCGAUGGAGGAGAUUCAAGCCGCGGCAGCAGAGCUCACCCACCUGCAGACUUCGGCGCUCAGAGGCGAAGCCUUUGGCACUACUUGCGCCAAGCGGCCCCCUCAGGCUCAGACCUCCUACAGACAGCAGCUGAGAAGUUUCUGAAGCCAACUCCAACCUCCAACAAGGGUGCAGGCAAGGGCCAGGGCACGAAGGGUGCCAACUCCGAGCCCAGCAACAGAGCCAAACGGCGCCAACAGCAACUGCAAAAGCAGCAAGGACCCGCAGCCCCCAACAACGAAGCCUCGACUUCUACCGAGAACCUCACCCGGCUGGUCCAGCAGGUAGCGGGAUUGGCCCUGCGCCACGAAGACCAGUUUGGAGUGCUCAGCCAAAGCACGUCUUGGGUUCUCUUUGCGGGGACAGCCCCGCCGUUGUCGGUCGUACCGGCGAUGGCCAAAGUUGCACAGCAGUGGAGCAAGGAACAGGAGGAGAGUCCGGGCACACUGAAGUUCCCCCACAGAGUGAUUCUCUUUCAGUGCUUCAUCUUCGAGUGGGGGCAGGCCCUGGAAAAGAUCAAUCAGGAUCCGACCUUCAAGGCAGAAGCGAUCAGAUUGGAGAUUCUUCAGGAGCCCGAUCAGCUUCCAUACCUCCGAUGGAAUCCGGAGGUUCGCCAGAUGGAGGUCAUCAAGGAUCGCAUGCCGUUGCGCCUCAACGAGGUGUUGCAAAUGCUUCGAGAACUCACGGUCCUCAGCGCCACGGAGGGGGUCAUCACUCGAUUUCACUCCACGAGAGACCUCUCAGAGGAACUUCUAGGACCGACUCUCACCUUCAAGUUGGAGCUCGGCCUGCGGGAGGUCAAGACGUUUCGGUUCUGGCAGAUUUUGGAGAGUCUGACCGGAAGCUCUGCCCUCCGGGUCGUUGCAUCGACCCUCCGCAGAGAGAGGAUGCAGAGAUCUCCACUCGCGGUGAGGAUCGCCGAAGCAAUCCGUCGCAAGCAGCUCUUCUGCAGACUCUCCGGAGAUGGCCGGAUACAGGCCGGCAACAGGGACAGAGGGGGAGUCUGUCCAAUCUUCCUCUCAGUCCUACCGGAGGAAGUUGCGAGCUCCAGAGGUACACAAGCAGUGGCUCUUCAGCUGAACCGCUUCCGAGCGGAGCACAGGCAAGUUGUGAAGAACUGUUUCAACCUCACGGCUGGGACGGCGGAAUGGAUGGAACGCAAGGCCAAUGGCGGGCAAGGGGCCCAGGGAGUUGGGCCGGAGAUGCUUGACCGACUGGUGAAGCAGCGCAUGGAACAGGCCUUUGGAGCUGUUUUUGAAAAGCUGCUGGAAAGCAGCGAGAAGGCUGCCAAGGCAGCCCAAGAUAACAUGGCGACGCAGCGGGGCGAGAACCUCAUGAAGGGUGUCAAGGUGGAUCAAUGGAAGCCUGGAAGCAGAGAGGAGGAACUGAGGACCUGGCGCGAGUGGUGGUUCACUUUCAGUAACUACUUGGUGUCGAACGAGCCCCUUUAUGAAGAGGACCUGCGCAACCUCGACCAGGACACCGAGGUGACCCACGACCUUCUUCCAGAUGACAUGGUGGGCCGCAGCCAGCGGCUAUAUGGGCUAUUGUGCUCAUUGGUUCGUGGGCGCCCCCUUCUGCUUAUCAAGGGCUGUGAUGGCACAAAGUGCGGCUAUGAGGCCAUCCGCGUUUUGCGGAACGAGAUGGAGCCGCGUGAGAAAGCCAGGUCUCUGGCUUUGCUUCGGAGCUUGGCUUCGUGGAGGUUCGACCCCCAGCAGGGCUUACACGAGCAGCUGGUGAAGUACGAGGAGCAGCUCAAGACCUAUGAGCUUUCAGCUGCGAAGAAGUUCCCGGAGGACUUGGUCUUGGCGACGGUUCUCACGGGAAUGAGGGAGCCUCUGCGUUCCCAGUUGCAGUUGCGCAUGACGCCGGAGACAAAGUACAGCGAGAUCAGGGAAUGGAUCCUGCAAUGGGAAAGCCUCAACACACCGUGGGGCAGCACAGGAAAGGGCGGCGGCAAAGAUGAUGGAGGCCAGCGACCCAUGGACGUCGACCAGAUCAAGGGCAAGAAGGGCAAGAAGGGGAAAGAAGGAAAAGGAAAAGGAAAGGGCAAAGACCAGAAGGGCAAGGGGAAGAACACCAAGGGCAAGGACGGCAAGCCGACCUAUGACACCGGCGGCAAGGGCAACCAGAGUUCCUGGGGAAGUUCUUCCUGGGGGUCCGGAUGGGACCCAGAAGGCUGCCGGAUUUGCGGGCAGCGCGGCCACUGGAAGUGGGAAUGCCCACAGAAAGGAAAGGGAUGGAGGGAUCCCAACGACGAGGGCAAAGCAAAAGGGAAAGGCGGCAAGGUGCAUCAAGUGGAGCAGGUGCCAGGAGGUGGUGCAUCAACGGCGGGAUCGGUGGCUGCCUCCUCGGCUUCUACCUCUUUGCCUCCGUCUGCCUCUGUAUAUAGAGGCAGCUCGGCCUCAGUGAACAUGGUUGCGUUUGCCCUUGAGGAGAGCGAGCAGCAGUGCCCGAGGAUCACGGAGGUUUUCGAUUUGACCAAGCUUGAUGAGGAGCACGGCGGCAGCUUCGGGCUGGAAACCCGGGACGUCAUGAUGGUGAAGGCCGCCCCUGAGGAGCUGUAUGGGGUCCCCUUUGAAGCGAAUGAGGCGCACAGCUUUGAGGUCGACCGGGGCGUCCCCACCUUUGCCAUGGACGCCACUGACGGCGAUGAUGAGUGGGACUUCUCCCCGGAGCUUCUUGCCAGGGAGCCCUUGCAGGUCAAUGCGGUGAGCUGCGCCAAGGAGAUCGAGGUGAUCAUUGAUUCGGGCGCCGACGUGUCGGUUGCCCCUCUGCGUCUUGGUGCUUAUGGUAAGGUCGCAAAAGGGCUGGGCUACAAGAUGCAAGAUGCGCAGGGGAAGCUCAUCAAGGAGGUGGGCUGCCGGAUCAUCGACGUGGCCAUGCGCACCGUUUGUGGUGGUGAAGUGGUGGUGCGCGAGCGGUUUGCCAUUGCAAAGAUCAGCUCGGUGAUCAUGAGCCUCGGCCGCCUUUUGCGGUGGGGCUGGCAGCUCUCAAGUCACGACGGCGGCCCAGCCAUUGAGAAGGGCGAGCACAAGGUGCCAAUCACGCUGAGAAGGAACACCUUGACAAUCCCGGCCAUCGUCGCGGCGGUUGUGGUCGGGCCGGCUGGAGAACAGCCGGUGAACACCUUUGAUGACCUGGGGCAGCUUCCGAAGGUUGCCGAGGACCUCGUGAAAAGGCCUGGCUGGGGAAUUCUUCCUAGCGGGCUGCCUCUUCUGAGCAUACACAAGACCGAGGAGCUGAACUUAGAGCAGUCCAUUUGGUCAGCAGACGAUUGGGCCUGGAUCGCGGUCUUUGUCCGGGUCGAGGAAGCGACCAGGCCGCCCCGGCCUGGAGAUGUUUGGGUUUUGCUCCUGACGCUCAGGAGCCAUGAGUUCGAGCACGUCCCCCAGAAGAUUGUGGAGCUGGAGGAGGACCUAGGUGGACGGCGAGAUGUGGCUAUCCUCUUCCACGUCGAGGAGCUCAAGAAGGACCUGCUUAGCAACCCCGGGGACGUCUUUGAGGACACGCAAGGCGGUGGUGAUGAAGUUCCGGCCCCAGUCCCUAUGGAGGAGGAUGCCGGUGGCAUUGGAGAGAGCCCUCUUGAGAUUGAGUUCGAGGGCGAGCCGCUUGAAGCCCCGGCUGGCGAGGAGCAGGACGUCCUUGAGGACUUGAGGGUGUGCGCCUUCAUGUGGAGACGAAAUGGGAAGGUCUUGGGAAGGCUGAGGCAACAAAGGGAAGUCCUUGAAAAGAGGAUGACCGCCGAGGUUGCCAAGAAGAUGUACUUGGAAGGUGCCCGGGAUGCAGACAUGCCUCGCAUCCCAAUCCUUCCUUCGGCUAAGCAACAGGAGCUGCACAGUAUCACGCAUCAUCCUUUUCAGAGUUGGUGCGAGCACUGCGUGGUGGGCCGAAGCAAGCAGUCGCCCCACGCACAAAUACAGCAAGAUGUCGAGCAGAAGGUCGACGAGAAGGUGCGGGUUGACCCGGUGAUCCAGAUUGACUAUGCCUUCUUACUUUGGUGGCAGCCGAGAGCACGACGGGCUGGGCCUGCCGUGCGAGGUUGGGUCUCAAGGCGGCAAGAGAAGGGGUCCCACGAAAGCAACGGCCAAGCCGAGAAGGCGAUCGACAAUGUUCGCCGCAACAGCCUGACCUUGAAGUCCUACCUCGAGGCCCACAUCAAGGCGAAGGUCGAGGGAGACAAGCAUGUGUAUGCGUGGGUGAUGCGGCACGCAGGCUUCCUGAUGAACAGGUUUGCGGUUGGAGUUCGGGGCGACACAAGCUUUGAGAUCAUGAACGGCAGGAGGUAUAAAGCAAAGUUGGUCCCCUUCGGUGAGCAGGUAAUUUUUCACAGGCCCACCAAGCAUCGUGGAGAGCUGCAAUGGACCAAGGGCAUCUUCUUGGGCAUCAACGACAGGAACAAUGCCUUCAUUUUGGGCACAAGCGAGGGGGCCGUCGAGAGCAGAAGUAUCAGGCGGCUGCCAGUGGAGCAGCAAUGGGAUGCAGCGGCCGUGCUCGGGAUGAAAGGGUUGCCCUGGAACUACCAGGGCCAAGGCCGCCGCAAGCGAGCCCUUUACACACAACGGGUCCCCUUGUUGCCCGACACAGCGACCUUAGAGCAGCUGGCGAUGGCAGCCGGCCAAGCAGCCGCAGAGACUAUAGCGGCAGCAACGCCAGGAAUGAAACCUCCUGGUGACGAAGCGGCGGUGGUCCACAAAAGCGUGCAAGGCUUUUGCUUCACAGGCCAGGAACCAGGUGUCCGGCACGUCCAUGGUGAUGUUCUUCCGGAGGAGCUUUGUGGUUUUGCCGAUUGGGGCGAGGACCUUCAAGAGGCCAUAGCUGAGGCGUGGGAGGAGGACGAUGAGGUCCCACAUCCUUGGGACAGUGGUGGCGAGGAUCCACCCAAUGUGUCGGAGGAGGACCUCAUGAAGAUCGACAGGGAAGCCGACAGAGUCGAGAUUACAAGACUUCUUGAAAUGGGGGUGGUUCGGUGGCCAAAGCCUGGCGAGGAUCUGUCAGCCCACAGCCUCCUCACAACCAAGGUGGUCAGGGACUGGAGAAAAAGGCCAGGGUGGAUUAGGAAAAGCCGCCUUGUUGGGCGGGAGUAUCGCACGCUGAGCGCAUGGACCGAGGACUUGUUUGCUCCAUCCACCAGCCUGGCCGUGAUCCACUCUUUCAUUUGCUUUGCCCUGUCCCAGGACCUCAACCUUUACACCUGCGAUGUGAAAGACGCGUAUCUCAAUGUGCCGCAGCCGACCCCGGUGAUCAUCCAGGUGGAUCGGGCAGUUUUCGGUGAAAGUGGAGGCGGAUUUGUGGAGCUGGUGUUGGAAAAGCUCUUGCCCGGCCAAAGGGCAGGAGCGAGCGGGUGGUACAACUUCGCGAAAACCAUCCUCCCUGAAGAGGCCAACUUCGACUACUUCAUCAAGGAGCCCACUCUUUUCAAGACCAGGGACCCGAAGGAAAAGACGGGUCUUCUACUUCAUGCAGAUGAUGGCUUGUUGGCCGCGACAAAAGAGCAGAAGGAGAAGUUUGAAAAACAAGUUGGAAGCAAGGUGACGCUGCAAAUGAGCAGCCCACUGGCCGAGAUUGGAGAUGAGAUCGAGUUCCUCAAAAGACGCUAUGUGAGGACAAGCGAGGGUGUGGUUGUCUUCUCCAACGGCAAGUAUAUCGAGGCCCUUUCAGCGCAGCUCGGGCCAAACAUCAAGAGGAGGGACAGCCCGAGCGACCCGACCUUCCUGGAGCCCGACACCAGCAAGGAGCUUGCGCCCCUCGAGGCGAAGCUCUACAAAGAAAGUGUCGGCCGGCUGAUGUACCUCAGCCACUCAAGGCCAGACAUCCAGUUCCCAGUGUGCAUCCUGAGCUCCAAGAUGAGUGCACCCACGACCAUUGCCAAGAAAUGGUUGCUGAGAGUUGUGGGAUAUCUUCUCAACACCCCAGAGGUCGGCUUUCUUCUUCGACCGGCCCGGGACAACAUGAACUACGACUACGGUGGAGAUGGUGACUUGAAGGAAGGUGGAACCUUGGUGGUGGAAAGCAUCACAGAUGCCGAUUGGGCAGGAUGCAGGAGGAGCCGCAAGUCGAGGACCUCACUCCAGCUGUAUGUCUCAGGCAGCUUGGUUGGAAGUGCAGUGCGGUCACAGAAGCCCAUUGCUUCAAGCAGUGGAGAGAGCGAGUUUGUUGCGGUGGUGGCCGGUGCUUGUGAGGCCCUCUACUUGAAGGAUUGCCUUGCCUUCCUGGCUGGGCCCAGCUUUGAGAUCGAGGUCAAGUGCAGGGGAGCCCGAACCCCUGACCUCGAGCGCUACGGUGUUGAAGACAUGGAGAAUGCCGAGUACAAGCGCGAGGUUCAGAAGACCUUGAAGGAGUUCAAGAGCGGAGGCGCAAAAGUGAACAAUGUGAAGGCGAUGCUUCCCUUGCUUAUUUUGAUGAUGCAGGCCACCAGCGUCCAGGGCUUGAGCUGGGUUACGCCACUAAGCGCAAUGAUGAAUGAGGAAAUGGUGGCCGAGCUUGCAGCCACGGCCGUGAUCGGGAUGAUUGGUUUGGUGGUUCUUCUGGGAAUGCCGUUUGUCAUCUACAAGGUUGCAUGGUGGUUGCUUGGGUGCUGUUGGUCUUCUCGGAAGGCCGCCUGCAGCAGAGGAGUGCGGACAAGGCCGGCAGAAGCGACGCCAGUUGCCAACAGGAGCAGCGAGACCCAAGCCAACCUCGGAAUGAGCCCAAGCGAGAAAAGGUUUGCGGACGAAUAUGUUCGCCGUUGCCGUGAGCUGGAGAGCUUAGUACGAAAGAAGCAGGGAAGCCGAACGCUACGAAGAGGAGAUCGUGAACCUGAGGCGAGAGAACCGUGA